AUGGCAAGUGUAGCAACUAAACUGGCCCGAGAGAAGGCAGCAUUGGAAGGUCUUGGUUCCAAUGCCAAUGCAGUGAAGUACUUAAAGCAGGAUUUUGAGGCUCUAAGGAGGCAGUGCUUGCAGUCUGGUGCUCUCUUCAAAGAUGAAGAAUUCCCAGCGUGCCCUUCUGCUCUUGGCUACAGAGAUUUGGGACCAUAUUCUCCUAAAACUCAAGGCAUUAUCUGGAAACGACCCCCAGAACUUGUUCCGAAUGCACAGUUCAUUGUUGGAGGAGCAACUCGGACAGAUAUUCGUCAAGGAGACCUGGGUGAUUGCUGGCUUCUGGCAGCCAUUGCAUCUCUCACAUUGGAUCAAGAAAUAUUAGACCGGGUUGUUCCCAAAGAUCAGAGCUUCCAGAAAAACUAUGCUGGGAUCUUUCACUUCCAGUUCUGGCAAUAUGGAGAGUGGGUAGAUGUUGUAGUUGAUGACCGGCUCCCCACCAAAAAUGGACAGCUAGUAUUUUUGCACUCAGAAGAAGGAAAUGAGUUCUGGAGUGCCCUGCUGGAGAAGGCCUAUGCCAAGUUGAAUGGCUCCUAUGAGGCUCUUAUUGGAGGAUCUACUUUAGAAGGUUUUGAAGAUUUUACUGGUGGCAUCUGUGAAGCUUAUGACCUGAGGAAAGCCCCACCCAACCUGUACCAAAUCAUCAGGAAGGCCCUGCAAGCGGGUUCAUUGUUGGGCUGCUCUAUUGAUGUGAGAUGCUAAAUAAACAAAAAGUCCAGGGGCACCUUAAAGAAGCUAACUUUUUAAAAAAUAAGCCCUGGCCUAUCUGGCAGGGAAAUUUCAGAUCAGUUGCAGGUUAACUACCGUGGACACCCAGAGAAACUAGUCAGAAUAAGAAAUCCAUGGGGUGAAGUGGAGUGGACUGGAGCAUGGAGCGAUAAUGCUCCUGAGUGGAAUUAUAUUGACCCCACGCUAAAAAAGGCUCUGGAUAAGCAAGCAGACGAUGGUGAAUUUUGGAUGUCCUUCCCAGAUUUUCAAAGGCAGUUUACAAGGCUUGAGAUUUGCAACUUGACUCCUGACACUCUGACAAGCAAUGAGGUUCAUAAAUGGAGCCAGACUUUGUUCAAUGGACACUGGCAGAGAGGAUCUACAGCUGGUGGCUGUCAAAAUUAUCCAGCAACAUACUGGACCAACCCUCAAUUUAAAAUCAAGCUGAAUGAGCCAGACAGUGACCAUGAAGGAAGUGGGAGUGAGCCGUGUAGCUCAGUACUGGUGGGCUUGAUGCAGAAGAAUCGCAGGAGGCAGAAGAGGAUGGGGGAAGGGCUACUCAGUAUCGGAUUCUCCUUUUAUGAGGUCCCGAAAGAGUUGGGAAAUCAAACGGAUGUUCAUCUCAGCAGAGAUUUCUUCUUAAGGAACAGAGCUGUGGCUCGCUCUGACACAUACAUCAACCUGCGUGAAGUCUCGAAACGCUUCCACCUGCCUCUAGGAGAGUACCUCAUUGUGCCGUCCACCUUUGAGCCUUUCAAAGAUGGCGAGUUCUGCCUCCGGGUCUUCUCUGAGAAACACGCUCAAGCUCAGGAAAUUGGUGAUACUGUGGCUGCAAAUCCAUAUGAGCCUCAUGUUGCUGACAAUGACAUAGACAAUGAGUUCAAGAGCCUGUUUCAAAAGCUUUCUGGGGAGGAUUGUGAAAUGACAGCAAAUGAACUUCAGACAGUUCUGAACAGAGUCAUAUCAAAGAGAACAGACAUUAAAAGUGAUGGAUUUGGCAUAAACACUUGCAGGGAGAUGAUCAGCCUCUUAGAUAGCAAUGGAACUGGUACCCUGGGGAUUACAGAAUUCAAGAUACUUUGGAUGAAGAUUCAGAAAUAUCUGGAAAUCUAUAAAAGAGCAGAUACGGACAUGUCUGGAACCAUAGAUGCACAUGAAAUGAGAAACGCCCUCAAGGAAGCAGGCUUCACUCUGAAUAACAAGAUCCAGGACAGUAUCACUACCCGCUACGCCUGCAGCAAGCUGACCAUUGACUUUGAUGGCUUUGUGGCCUGCAUGAUUCGCCUGGAGACUCUUUUCAAAAUGUUUCAGAUCUUAGACAAGGAUAACCGGGGAGUUGUCCAGCUCACUCUGGCUGAGUGGCUGUGUUCGACAUUGGUUUAA